AUGAUGCGAGGUUGCCCAACGAUACUUCGCCGUGUCCCGCAGCUCUUCGGCAUUUUGCUAAUCGGCUUUCUGUGCGUUCAUCUAAUUAUCAUCGUCUCACGACGGGAGAUACAAAAUGCUAUCCUGGACAAGCGCACUCCUUUGCCGGAAACGGCAGAACGAGGGUAUAGGGAAGAACCUGGUGAAUUUAUACCAGUUCCACCAAGAACAAAUAUGACCAAAUGCCACCAUCCCUAUGGCCGCGUGAAGGUGUUUAUCGGCGCACGAGAGGAAUCGUUCAAGGAACACUACCAUGUGGCCCAUCAGACCCUGAAAUGCUACCUAAAGGGGGCAGACUACGAGCUGCUGCUCGUUGACAUCUACAACGAUCCGCGAGUGACCAGCAAGUGCAGUCAUCACCACGACAUUAUGUAUCACAGACAUUGUGCGCUGCUACAAUACCUGAAUGAGACGGACUGGAUGCUUGUGAUGGACGCUGAUACAGGUGUGGUUAACCCAGCGCAUUGCAUCGAAGAAUUCAUCGACCCGCGCGUCGAUUUCAUAUUCUACGAGCGUUUCUUCAACCUGGAGGUGAUGGCCGGGAAUUGGCUGGUGAGGAACACGCCGUUCGCCCGUCGCGUCAUCCAGGAUUGGGCAAACUGGGAAUUCCGUCGCCCGAAUUUGCCAUUUGGCACCAACGACAAUUGCAUCCUUCAUAUGGUAAUCCUCGAGCACCUCUACAACGAAACAGCCCCGCAAGCAGUGCAGAUGUGCGACAGGAUCUGGCGGGCACACUCGAAAGACUACUGGUCGUACAUCGGGUCCCUCGUCUUCUGCGCCAAGACCAUGUUUGGAGCCAACCGCUUCUGGCCGGGCAAAUUUAAAAUACAACCGAAAGGCCAAGGUUUCGCACGAGACGCCUUUCUAACAAAUCAAAGGUUCACCGACCGCGAUUUCCUCUUUCACGGCUGGAAACAGAUGACAAUCGGUGAACAGGGCUGGCAAUCACCGUUUACGGAAGUGCCGGAACUGUCAAAAUGCGGGCCUGGGAGAAUGGAUGGCUGGCAUCACCGGCCAAACUCCCGAAUUAGCGACGAAGAAGCGCUGAAAGAUUUCCUAGCAAUCGAGGCGCGUUUUAACAACGAGGUACCGAAGGACUUCCGCCUGACACCCUGGCUGACCGAAUCGGAGCUGAAAGAUUGCUAUCCGAAUUGUCAAAAAGUC